ACACGUUUAAAAACGGGACCAAAACGUGAAACACGACACAGAAAGUUGUUAUACGCGUUUUAUUUGGACAUAUUAAGACUAGAUUCAUUCGCAGAAACAACAAAAACAUUUUGCCGCUAAACUUAGCGCGCUGAAGUGAUCCGAAACGGCAACAGUGGGGUAUCUAGUGGCGGCCUUCUUCGUUGCACGCUUUUCCGAGGGGAGUUUGGGGGACCUGCUUUAACAGAAACACCCGGUAUAUAGUCCCCAGAAGGCUGUCAUUGCCCAUUUCUUUUUUCUUUUUGAGAGUAACUGUACUCUCCAAAAAGGGAGUGACAUAUGUGGAAAGAAAAAGGAGCUAAAGUACACCCUUUUUUCAAGAGCGUAGAGAACUAAUGUUCUGUCAUCGAUACCGACAACAACACCAACCCGGAUCCUUUCGAUCCUCCUCAAACGAAAGCCGUGCCAUGGAAACCACAGGGCCUGACAAAGGGGCGGCAGGACACAGGGCUGUAAGGAAAAACGACCCUGAUUACCCUCUGAAUAGAGGUGUGUGCAUCAUCAUCGAUGUUAGAAACCCUACACCCGUUACGAUACCGGGGUCUCGCAGAGGACAGAUAGCCAUUGGAAAACGUCGUGACAGCUCACUUGUGGACAAGCUGCAAAAGACAUUUGAGCAGUGGGGAUUCCAGGUGAAAGUUUAUGUUGACCCUGCGACAGAGGAGUUGUUUAAAAUCCUGAAAAAAGAAGCGAAGGACAACUGGGACAUUGUGGCCUGUUGUUUCCUGACAUUUGUGCACCCGAUGACAGGUGACCUGUGCACCCAGAACGGCUCCGUGAGCAUAAAAGACCUCACGGAAACUUUUGACGGAGCAAAUGCUUCCAACCUCUUGGGCAAACCCAAGCUCUUCUUCAUCCACACGUCGAAGAGAAGCCGAGAAAUGAGCGUAUGCAGCGGAUUCAGUGACACGACGUCGAGAAAUACAUUGCCGGGCGAGCCUGAUUUCUUCAUCUGCACCUCGGGACAGCAAACAGAAGGCAAGGAGUCUACCGACGCAUUCAUUGAACAUUUCUGCAAAGUAUUCGACACGUCUGCCAAGACCAUGGAACAACAGGACUUUACAGCGUUACUCCAAGAAGUCAACAGGGAACUUCUCAAUGCUGCAGUCGACACGAGUGAUAUUCGGUUGCCUUCCCACAUAUCAAGCCUCACAAGGCAGUUGUACUUCCACAGGGUGUCUGAACAGUCUGGGUCCUCAACGAGAGUUCCAGAGACUGAGGAGACCAAGAAAGAGGCAAUCAUGCACGGAACCCUGAAAGGAAGCCAGAAAGAACUUUUAGAGAUGACUACGCCCGGUCGUUUCAUCAGCCAAGCCAAGCCGGCUUGGCUACGUCGGCUGGCAACGUUUUGGAAAAUGAGGAAAACACGGCUUGGCUUCAAAACUCCCUACAUGUCAUGAUCUAUCUUCGAGAAGAACGUGGUUUCGUCAUGAAGGGCCUCAGCAGGGUCGUCGACACCGGAGCAGCCCUGCUCUUCCUGAAGCAGAUAUCGAAUCCAUCUGCAAAGGAUCAAUACGUAAACUAUCGAUAUAAUAGAUCCGCGUAUGUUGGAUAUACAGUGUCAUUGACUUGACGUCGAACAUGCGACAACCAUGCUCUUUCGAUAAUCCAUGGUAUGGUACGAAUAAAUACGUCUAUAUUGAGAAUUGUUAUUGAAUAAAAUAAGGAUUGAUA